AUGUUUCAACUUGUCACUGCAUUGGUUGCUACAGGCUACAUAUUCUCGGUCAUUGCAUUCUCUUUUGCCAUAGUAUGCGCUUUUGGUAUUCCUGCUGUUCGACAGUUCCUUUCUGUCUAUCUUAGAAGACACGUUAUGCUAGCCGAGAUCUUGUCUUCUGUUGCUGUUGAGUUUUCUUUUCAGGCUAUUGUUUUUAAAUUGAUGCUUAUUCAGGUCGUCAAGUGGUUAGGUGGAUUUAACUAUACACUCGCUUGGUUAUUUUACUUUAUCGACAUGAUGAAUAUGGGUGGACUUGCUGUCUUGUUUUAUGAAAUGUUGAAAGAAAUAACUGUUGCUGACGACGCUAUCAAGGCUAUGGAUAAUAAAAGUCAGCCUAUCAAGAGUAUUAUUGGUUCGGUUGAAUUCAUGAAAUUAGUAAAUCCUUUUUGGACACCCGCUGGCAUUAGAAAGCAUCCAAACAUUACUUAUGCUACGAAUGAAGAAAUUCAAGAUGCUUUGGCAACCACAAAUCAUGAUUUUGAUCAACCUAGAAAAAUGAUGUUGGAUGUCUAUACUUUUGGUGAAAAAUCAACUGGGCUAAAGCCUGUCAUGGUCCAUAUUCAUGGCGGUGCAUGGAGAAUAGGCUCAAAAAACACACUUUAUCCUCAUGAAAAGAUUUUGCUUACCGAAAAUAACUGGGUUGUUGUGAAUAUUGGGUAUCGUUUAGCUCCCAAGAACGCUUAUCCUACUCACUUGUGCGAUGUAAAGCGCGCUAUUCGCUGGAUAAAACAAAACAUCGCUUCUUUUGGUGGCAAUCCUCACUUUAUUGUCUUGUCAGGUGAUUCUGCUGGUGGUCAUUUAUCGGCUAUGGCUUCUAUGACCAUGAACGAUCCUCAAUUCCAACCUGGUUUUGAGCAUGUCGAUACCUCUGUCAAAGGUGUUGUCAGUCUAAGCGGUGCUUUAGAUAUAUCUGCUCCUCAUCUUGCAGAAUUCUUUUGUAAGCAAGUGGCCAAUCUCGACAAGGUCGAUAUGGACUUUAUGAGCAAGCAUUCACCUGCCCAAUUUGCACAAACAGCCAAGGACCAAGGCAAACUUGUUCCUUUCUUGGCGGGUCAUCAUGUCAGUUAUAUGACUUGGUCUCCUCGUUCACUUUAUAUGUCUCGCGUCAUUCAGACAUGGGUUACUCAACUGUAUCUCAAUCUGAACAAGUCAAAGUUAGAAUAA